AUCUCUCUUGUAUUGCAUAUGUAUUCAGUUGAGGAGAAGGCACUAUUGAUUCGAACACCCAACCACCAAACGGCUGUCUAUUAUACUUUUGAUGAUGAGCUUUAACCUUUUGGAUUUACCAAUAGUGCCUCGCCAAAAAGCGUUGAAAUACCUCGAGCCAAUUGAUUUAUUUGAACUGUCAUUAUGCUCCAAAAGAAUGGCACAGUCUGUCAGAGAUCUGAAAAUCGAGGCAAGUGCUCACUUUAUUACUUUGACAAGAGGACAAUCGUCAGUUCAUGUACAAUUUAAAGAGAGAAGCCGAGCGAUUUGGUGGGAUUUUAAAGAAAUUUUUAUGAAGAAGGAUUUGAAGGAUAAACGGAAAAUUGGAUACAUUCUUUUUGAAAACUGCGAAAAAUUCCGUCGUGGUGCAUUCACACUUGAUGAGUUCUACUGUCACUUUGAUAAUCUGGAAGAAGGCGCUGCGGCUGUUUCCAAACAUUUUCAGUUUUUGUUUCCAGGACCAUUGAAUAUCUUACUCAGUCCGACUGUUUAUAGACAUUUGGAAUUUUUGUUUUUCGAGCCAUCAAUUCAAAAAUGUGAAUCAUUUGAAAUGUGUGGUGCGGAUAUACCUGCAAAAAGGACAAUGAAUCGAAUAUUUGAUAAACUGACAAUUGAGAAAAAGCUAUGUAUUAGACCGAAGACCAGUGAGAAUUAUGUUAUUAAACAGGCUUUACGUGUUGAGGAGCUUUUUCUCAGAAGUGCCCGAUGGAUGACAAGAGAGCAUCUCUUGGAACUGAACUGCAUCGUAGCUGAUCUAAGUGAUCAUAAUUUCCAGUGCUCGGAUUUUGAAGCAUUUGCAGAAAAGUGGAUGAAUAACAAGUCUUCAAAGGUUGAAAAUCUUCGUUUUCAAUGGCAAUCUGAUGUUGAAUUUAAACUUGAAAAUCUUAAAACAAGCCGAUGGGAUAGUACUAGAAGAGAGCGAAAUUACAUUUUCACAAUGAAAAAUGAAUCAGUUCAAAUUGAUUGUUCCGAUGGUUUUGAGUUGGAAAGAAAUGAUGGAAGGCUUGCAACAUUUGUAGUUGAACAACAAGAAGAUAGAACUCAUAUUUUGUACUUUCUCGUUUGGAUAGAACUGUUUCCUGAGAAGAAAAGACUGGAAAAUCUACCAAAAACGCUUGGACCUUUGUACAAACAGCUCGAAAAGAUAAAUCGUGAUUAUCCAGAUGAAUCAUCAUUGGAAAGACUUUUAUCGAAUCCUAAUCUGGUGUAUACAGAGUUUUUGGAAACUUAUAAAGUACUGAAAAAUAUGGAUGGAGAGAACAGAUCACCAUCUACUGGACAAGCUUUUCGAAGAACUAUAUUUGAUAAAAUUUACAAUACUAUUGAUUUAUAACAUAUGAAAUAUAAUUUUUUGAAAUGUUAAAGUAAUCAUUUUCUAGAUUUUGAAUAAAUUUUUUUUUC